CUCUCGAGGAAGUUAGUGUCUCACACUGACUCAAGCAGCAAACUCUGCUCUCUCAGACAGCUCUGUCUUACAGUCAUCUGAUCGUUUGGUUUAAGGUUAGCUUUAGGUUCCCAUUUGGUGGAAUUUUGUGUUUAAAAAUCCGCAUUUCUUUCAUUUCAACGUUUUUAUUCUUGAAGAAAGUAACAGUUUCUGGGGUUACUUGUGGACUUCGCGCAACAAGUUGAAGAUCUGGCGCAUUGGAAACUGGACUUCGAACAGCGUUUCUAGGUCUUGUUGAAAGUGCUCCUGUACAUUGCCAUUCGGGUUUUGCUGAAAAAAUUCGCAGUGUAUAGAUUCUGUCCAAUGCUUAUGAAACUUCUUUCCUUUACGCACACUUCUCUCCGAUCAAAUACUUCGGCUGCGCACGAAUUUUAACCCAUCUAUCGAUUGCCUGUUACUUCGGAAAAUAUGGAUCUUCGUCCAGAGAUCCCUCCCGCCGGCCAAGCAGGGUCGCAGGUUCAUGCAGGUGCCAUGGCUGCUGCUGCCGCCGCCUCCAUACCGGUUUCCAUGGCCAGUAGCCUAUUAAGGGGCCCUCCGCUGUUGCUUCGCGCUACGGAGAAGUAUCCACGGACGCCCAAGUGCGCCCGGUGCAGGAAUCAUGGCGUGGUAUCUGCGCUGAAGGGGCAUAAGCGCUACUGCAGAUGGAAGGAUUGCAUGUGCGCCAAAUGCACUCUGAUCGCUGAGAGACAGCGCGUCAUGGCAGCUCAGGUUGCGCUCCGCAGGCAACAGGCUCAAGAGGAGAACGAGGCGAGGGAACUGCAGCUGCUUUACGGCACAGCGGAGGGUCUGGCCCUGGCUGCGGCAAAUGGCAUAAUACCUUCCAGACAAAACUAUGAGGUCUUUGGGCAAGUUAACAACGACACAAACUCUGGUGACUCCCACAUUCAAAAGUUCGAGUUUUUCCCAAAAAACACAUUACAGCGAUCGGUGACCCCACAACAGGCUGUGGGAAAAUCACUAUCCACAGACACCGAAUCGGUUCCUGGGAUUUCAUCUCCAGAUAUGCGUCACGGCUCCGGGUCGGAAAAUGGUGACCGCGAAUCCAUCGUGAGCUCCCCCAUCGCCAAACCUCUGAAAGACGGAGAGGAGACUCCGGGCUCAAUCAGUCCCCUGGGCUCAGACUCCGGCUCGGAUACAGAUAAAGACGAGCAGGAGCCUUCGCCCUCAUCUGCAGCGUCGCGACAGAUGAACGCCAUUGAUAUCUUAACGAGGGUCUUCCCCAACCACAAGCGCAGCGUCCUUGAGCUUGUCCUACAGGGAUGCGGUAAAGACGUUGUGCAGGCCAUUGAGCAAAUCCUCAACAACAGCGGCCAAGCCAAGGGCCCGGAGGAGUCCUGGACGGCGGAGAGGAUGCUUCAGAACGCACAGCCGACCCUAUCCUCCACCCCGAGGCCUAUGUUACCUGGAACCAUGACGCUGAGCAACAGGUCUGCCUUCUCACCUCUGCAACACAACGCGCCGCACUUUGGUGCCGAUCCCAGCACAUAUCCUCUCAGUACGCAUUUGGGCCUGAACCCACUCCGACUGGCAUACUCGGCUCACAGCAGAGGUCUCGCCUUCAUGGCUCCUUACUCCACCACAGGCUUGAUGCCAACACUGGGCUUCAGGCCGCCAAUGGACUAUGCCUUUAGUGAUUUGAUCAGAGACAGGACUCUCUUACAUAAAGAUCAGAGCUACACCAAUGGACUCUACGGUCCUCUGGUCAACAACACUCCUGAGAAACCGUGAGCGUAUAUUCGACAGAACUACAAAGACAAUUGGGAGAGUGUUUCCCGAAUGUAGACAAAAGUGUUCAAUGUCUUUAAAUAAUCCAAGGCCUAAAGGUUCAUCGUUCAACGUCUCCAAAGACUCACGGGCCUCCUGUUUCCAGUUAUUGCAUUUAUGUAUAUAAAAUAUGUCUAGUUUAAAAAAUAAUACGGACUAACGUGUUUGGUGGUCGUGGCUUCUUUGAAGUUUGUGAUUUAUCAAAAAGAAAUGGUUACGCGUAAAGGUCAUAGUUUUUAUCCAUCUUACUCCAAUAUGGCUUUACUGACACUGCCACAUUGCAAUUGAGUCAAAAGUUUAGACCUUAAGCGGGGUAACCAUAGUAUUUUCAUGUAAAUUGUGUAUUUUAAAACUCCUCAUGUUUUUUCAAUCCAUUUAGAAUAUUUACAAAACGGUUUAUGCCCACGGGUGAUGAUAUAGAAUAAUUUGCUUCAUCAUUUGAAAGGGACUAUUCUAGCGUUAUUGUUAUUGUGAAACUUCUAUCAUUCCAUCCUUUCUGCUCCUCGUCUGUAAAAUCGUGCCAUGUUUUUUCAACAGAACGCUAAUUCUUUGGAUUCAAUAUGGUAAUGGCUCAAGUAGACAGUUGUAUUCCCUUUGUG